AUGGCGUCUAUAAAACAUGAUAUGAACGACAAUUAUGGGUUGGAAGAGUCUCUGCAAAUUGAUGAUCAGCAAAUAAUGUCAAUGAGUGUUAAAGAAUUAAAUACAUUAUUAAAAUCAAUGAAACCAAAUGAUGCAGCUCAUAUUAAACGUCGACGACGUAUUCUUAAAAAUAAAGGUUAUGCAGCAAGUAGUCGUAAUCGACAAACAUCUCUCGUGGGUAAUUUAUCUGUUGAACGAAGUCAAUUAGUAAAACAAAUUAAUCAAUUACGAGGCGACAAUGAAACAUUAUCACAAGAAUUACGUGGUUGGAAACAACGCUAUUCUGAUCUUCAAUUAUUAACAACACCACCGACUAGUACAGCAUCACAGAAUACUACGACAGAAUCAUCCAAAUAA